UAUAUGUACACACAUAAAUGAUAAUAGUAUAUAUAGAAUUAGCUACUCUCUCCUCCUAAUUUAAUGGCAUCAAGACAUGAAUCACAAGUAUUUUCUUCCCUUCCGAAAACCUCCAGAUGGUGGUCGAAAGAGACAGUGGCAAUAGUGACAGGUGGAAACAAAGGCAUUGGUUUUGCGUUAGUGAAAAGAAUGGCUGAGUUGGGAUUAACAGUGAUAUUAACAGCUAGAGAUAAUGCAAGAGGAAUGGAAGCACUUGAAUCCCUAAAGCAAUUAGGGUUGCAUCUCUAUUAUCAUCACCUUGAUGUUUCUGAUAUUUCAUCCAUUCAACUAUUUACUUCAUGGUUCACCAACAAUUUCACUGCAUUAGAUAUAUUGGUAAAUAAUGCAGCUGUAUCAUUCAAGGAUAUCGAGGAGAACUCAGUGGAGCAUGCAGAGACAGUAAUAUGCACAAAUUUUUAUGGUCCCAAACGACUUAUUCAACAACUCUACCCCACCUUUCGUUCUUCUUCCACUGUCACUCGAAUUCUUAAUAUUAGCUCCAGACUUGGACUUCUAAGUAAGCUGAGAAAUGAAGAACUAAAAAGUAUGCUAUUGGAUGAAGAAAACUUAUCUGAAAAACAGAUUGAUGGAUUAGUGAAGUUAUUUUUACAACAUGUUAAAAAUGGGACAUGGAAAAGCAAUGGUUGGCCAGAAUUAUGGACUGAUUAUGCAGUAUCAAAGCUUGCAUUAAAUGCAUACUCUAAAGUGUUGGCUAGAAAGUAUAAAGGAAAGGGUAUAAGUGUGAAUUGUUAUUGUCCUGGAUUUACACAGACUUCAAUGACUGGUGGUAAAGGCAAGUACACUCCACAAGAUGCAGCUGAGAUAGGAGUAAAUUUGGCUUUGCUACCACCACAACAUCUUCCAACAGGAAUGUUUUAUCUAGGCUCUAAUCCUCCAAACACUUACUCCAAGCUUUAACACCAAAUACUCAUCAUUGUAUCCAAACAUGACAUUCUCUUUGCCAUCUAACUAUUUCUAUUAAUAAUAAUAACUGUUUAUUCAUUUUA